GAUAGCAAAAGUCCAGCUAGAUUCAGUAAUAAUCGUUUAUCAUAUAUUCCUAAUCAUUUCUUUGAAGGACUUCAUAAUUUAAAAGAAUUGUAUCUUGAUAGAAAUUCACUUCGAGAUUUACCCGAAGAACUUUUGAAAUUGACGAAAUUAGAAAUAUUAGAUUUAAGUAACAAUUCAAAUAACAAUUUAUUAGGAAGUAUAACACCGGACAUUUCAAAAUUGACUAAAUUAAGGCUUUUAUAUUUGGACAAUAAUCAAUUAACAAGCCUUCCAGAUUCAAUCGGACGGUUAAAAUCUUUAUGUGUAUUAAGAUUAAACAAUAAUAAUAUUGAAAGUUUACCGGAUGCGAUUUGUUCAUUGCAUCAGUUACAAGUUUUGGAAUUAAGAGCAAAUUUGUUAAGUUCGUUACCAGAAAAUAUAAAAGAAUUGGAGAAUUUAGCUAAAUUGGACAUUUCCAAUAACAAACUUACAUUACUUCCUAAUGAAUUGGUAAAAUGUAAUAGGUUAACACAUUUAAAUGCUCAUAACAAUUUACUUGAAUCAAUUCCAGCUAAAUUUGGACAACUCUCGAGAUUAUUAACAUUAAAUUUAUGUGAAAAUCGAUUAAUUAAUUUACCGGCCGACAUUGGAAAAUUAACAUCAUUAACAGAAUUAGAUUUAUCACACAAUGAAUUUAUUGUUUUACCUGAAGAUUUAGGAAAAUUAACAAAACUAACGGAAAUUAAACUUAAUAAUAAUCCAUCAUUAUUAGCAAUACCUGACUCAUUCCAAAAACUUGUCCUUGUAAGAAAAAUUCAUUUGCAACAUUGUAGUCUCAGUCAAAUUCCAUUUGAAAUGGGACUUGUUUAUAAUCAACUAUCUUAUGUUAAUUUGUCUUAUAAUCAUUUUGAUACUAUGCCAAAUCUUCAAGGGAUGGAUCAUGUAAUAAGUUUUAAUAUUUCAAACAAUCGUAUUAAUGAUAUAACUGAACAAAUUGAUCAAUUGGAGAUGUUGCGUGAGUUAUAUGUUGUUAAUAAUAAAUUAACUCAUAUUCCAAAAACGAUUGGACGUCUCAAAGAACUUGAAAUUAUGGAUGUCUCUGAGAAUGUAUUAGUGGAUUUGCCGUUAUCAAUCGGAGAUUGCAUUAAUUUGCGUGAAUUAAGAUUAAGAGGAAAUUCAAUAGAAACAUUACCAAUUACAUUAGGAAAAUUAACCAAUUUA